GCGCCAGAUUCAAGUUGGGAAACUCCAUAGAAUUUCCAAUUUCGAGACAUGAAACUUGCUAUUUUUAGUUUUCCCAAUCACAACCAUACCAUGUCUCUCUCCGUUUCAGACCCAAAACAAAUGUUGCAAUAAUUUUUCCACUUCAGCUUUAAUCGAAGAUUAUGAUCUGAUCAGAAGCUCUGAAAAAUCGUUAAAAAAAAAAAGCCCAUUUGAUUUGGAUUUGGAUUUUUGGAUUGUGGUUCGUGGAGCGAAGAGCAUAGAGUGGAUCGCCAGAUUUAACAAAUGAUGCACAGAUGUGCUUUGUUUCUCCCGAAACGUGUAUGGCAACUCCGCCCCUAUGACUACGAGCUCUUUCAUUCUCCACAUUUCCCUUUAUAUUCUGUUUCUUCCUCCUCCAUUGUAUUCCUCCCCACUCUUCGUCGCUCUCUUCUCCAUUUUCUCUCUCCUUCUUCUUCCUCCAUGGCCCCUGGAAUCGAAUCUCGACACCCUUCUCUCAAUGGCGAUUCCCAUUUCUCCGAUGAUGAAAUUUCUCGCAAAUCCAGAGUCACCGUCGUCGGCAGUGGCAACUGGGGCAGUGUGGCGGCCAAACUCAUCGCCUCCAAUGCCCUCAGGCUGAGCUCUUUCCAUGAUGAGGUUAGAAUGUGGGUGUAUGAGGAGACUUUACCUACUGGUGAGAAGUUAACUGAUGUUAUCAACCUCAACAAUGAGAAUGUUAAGUAUCUCCCUGGUAUAAAGCUUGGGAAGAAUGUUAUUGCAGACCCAGACCUUGAAAAUGCAGUGAAGGAUGCUAAUAUGUUGGUGUUUGUGACUCCCCAUCAAUUUGUGGAGGGGAUUUGCAAGAGACUGGUUGGAAAGAUAAGGAGAGAUGUGGAAGCCAUUUCCCUCAUCAAAGGAAUGGAGGUGAAGAAGGAAGGUCCAUGCAUGAUUUCUUCCCUCAUCUCCCAGGAACUGGGGAUCAAUUGCUGUGUUCUUAUGGGGGCUAACAUAGCAAAUGAGAUUGCUGUAGAGAAGUUUAGUGAAGCAACAGUGGGAUACAGGGAGAACAUGAGAGAGAUAGCUGAAAAAUGGGUUCAACUUUUCAGCACUCCCUAUUUUGUUGUUACACCUGUCCAAGAUGUUGAAGGAGUUGAAAUGUGUGGAACCCUUAAAAAUGUUGUGGCAUUAGCAGCAGGUUUUGUUGAUGGUUUGGAAAUGGGAAAUAACACGAAGGCUGCAAUAAUGAGAAUUGGUCUGAGAGAGAUGAGGAUGAUUUCCAAGCUGCUGUUUUCAUCUGUCAAUGAUAGUACUUUCUUUGAGAGUUGUGGAGUGGCCGAUCUGAUCACAACGUGCUUGGGAGGAAGAAACAGAAAAGUUGCAGCAGCUUUCGCAAAGAAUGGAGGGAAAAGGUCUUUUGAUGAACUUGAAGCAGAGAUGUUGCAGGGCCAAAAAUUGCAGGGUGUCUCCACUGCAAAGGAGAUGUACGAGGUUUUAAGUCACCGUGGGUGGCUGGAGCUGUUUCCAUUAUUUGCAUCAGUUCACGAGAUCUGUAUUGGACAUUUUUCACCAUCAGCCAUCGUCGAAUAUAGCGAGCGCAAACCCAACUUCUCUGUUAUUGAUGGUCAUGCUCAAUAAUUUUAACAAGAUUGGCUCACCUAUUUCAGAUGUAGUGUCUUCAUGAAGGUAGUUUCAUCUUGGACUGAAAAGUGCUCAAUCGAAUGGCGGGUAGGUUGCAGCAAGUUUGAGAGCUCGGCAUGUGAGAGAUCAAAAUGCUGUUUUCCUGAGGCAGCUGAGAUUCUCAAGACUUUUCUCUUUUCAGUUUUCAGAUGUUCAAACGAAUUUCCUAUGUUGUUGGAAGAUAAGACUGAUUAGUGUAACUGUAAGGCUGUUAGCUGUUAUACAGAAACAUGUCAUAAUAUCCAAAUCUGUAAGUUUCUCCUUUAAUGGAAAUUGUUGAUACACAUGUUUUAAGAAACUCCUUUUCUGAUUCA